CCGCCCGGGCGGAUGUUUUCGAAGUUAGUUCAGUUUGUGCAUUGCCCGCAGAGAGAUGAGUUCCCCGCGUGUGGUUCUAGUCAGCCUGUUCCUGAUCUGCAGUCAGGCACUAGCUGACCUUUCUGGUGAUGCCCAGACUCUGGAAAAGUGCCUGCGGGAACUGAGCUCGCCGGAGAGCAUCGCUGGCGAUCUUCAGAAGCUGGAACGGUAUUUAUCUUGGACGCGUGAGGAGGUACCUUGCCUGAUGCGCUGCUUGGCCAGGGAAAAGGGCUGGUUUGACGUGGAGGAAAACAAGUGGAGGCUCAAGCAACUGACCGAGGACCUGGGCGCCGAUGUCUAUAACUACUGCAGAUUCGAGCUGCGCCGGAUGGGGUCCGAUGGCUGCAGCUUCGCCUACCGGGGACUCAGGUGCCUGAAGCAGGCCGAGAUGCAUGCGGGCACCAGCCUGAGCACACUGCUGCAGUGCUCCCGUCAGCUGAACGCCACCAAUGUGGAGCUGCUGCAGUACAGUAAGCUGAAGUCAAAGGAACCCAUUCCCUGCCUCUUUCAGUGCUUUGCGGAUGCCAUGGGCUUCUACGAUCCCGAUGGAAACUGGAGGCUGGAAAACUGGAAGCAGGCGUUUGGGCCUUCGGGAAAUGAGGAUCAGACUUCUGGCUCGGACUACAGUGGCUGUCGGCUAAGUGGGACUCAGCGGCAAGAGGCGUCAAGCAAGUGCUCGUGGAUGUACCAUGAGUACAAGUGCUGGGAGCGAGUAAAUGGGAAUAAGUUAGUGGAGGACAACGAAUAGCAGUAGUAUUAAAUUAAUGGGACACUGGUCAAUACCAAAAAUUAAUAAGCACAAUGUAAGAUCUAUAUAUUUCCAAAUGCAGAGAUAUUCUUUGGAUACAUGAAA